AUGCGCGUGAGCGCGGGGCCGGGCGGGAGAGGGGGGGCGCGGUCCGGUCCGGUCCGGUCCGCGCUGACUGUCCGGUCUCUCCCCAGGGAGGCCGCCCUGGAGGUGACGGCGCGGCACUGCCGCAGCGAGCUGGACCAGUACGGGCGCUGCGUGGCCGCCAGCCCCGCCACCUGGCAGCAGGACUGUCACCAGCUGAAACUGCGCAUGGCCCGCUGCGCCUCCUCCCACCCGAUUGUGCAGAAGAUCCGCCACGACUGCGCUGAGCCCUUCACUGCAUUUGAACAGUGCUUGAAACAGAACCAGGCCUCUGUGAUGAACUGCAACGAACACCUCAACCAGUUCCUGCUGUGCGCUGAGCAGGUGAAGCUAAUGACUUCAGGUGAAUGAAGGCUCAGCUGGAAACUUGAAAUCCCCUAUUCAUCUCCAGCGCAGGCAGUCUCCCUGUUAGCCUCCCCAUCUGCCACCCUACCAAAAGUGCCUCCCCUGCCCUAGAGAUUCCUUCCAGGAGUGAGAUUGGAGAUCAGUGUUCAUUCUUCUCUUGGCCUCUCCCCUGAGACUGACAAGAAGUGCCACUUGUAAUGGUGGAUCUUGUGGUAGUGACACUUGACAUGGCGGCAACCAAGAUGGCUCAAGGGAUUGGCAACAGUGUCAGGGUUUUUCAUCACAUGGCUGUCAGCUCAAAGUCAUUACCUUCUGAUAGCUCAUUUCACAUAGGUCUUCAAAUGGGUAACCACAGUAUUUCUGCGCCCUAAUAAAAUAAUUCUUAAAGACUAAAGGGCUGGCUCUGGCUUCCUCCAGUUGAUAUGGGGAGCUGCUGUGAGGGUCUGGCUGACAGCCCUGAAAUCCAGGUGAUAACUGAAGAGAGAACAUCAA